UCUUUUGCUCCCUUGUUCCGGUUUUCUCCCGCCAUCUUCCACGGCACCGACUGGGCAUCUAACGCUUCUUCUCGCCGUCCGACAAACUCCCCGGCCAGUGGCUGUUGUUUCAGGAUGAAAGAAACUCCAGUGAGUCGGGAGGAUGCACAGACCAAAGAGGGGCCAGACUACUUUGCUUACUAUGCAUCUCAAGUUAAGGAGUUGAUCUCACAAGAGAUAGAUUUACCUCUAUCAACCAUUGAAUCAACUGGAACUAGGACUGGCGAGGGGGUAGACCAUGAUGUGGUUGAGCAGCGUGGCUUCAGUGGUUCACGUUCGUUGUUCAGCAACAGCAUAGGAGCUGGAGUUUCAGAGUACAAGAAGGAGAGGUUAAAUGCAUUGCUUCCACAGGCUGCAAGCGCUCUUAAACCCGAAGUGGAUGAGAUGCUCGAUCCUGUUAUUUCGAUGCGUCAGUUACAAGAGAAACUGUGGAACAGAGAUUCUGCUGCAGGAAAGGAAGGCACAAAAUCUGAUGGAGAAGAGAUUGCUGACAACAUACCUCAGGGGGAUGACGAUCUGGAAUUCCUACUUGGGACUGACAGCACUCUGGUUGAAGAGAGUAUAAAGAAGUAUUCUGAUGAAUUAUUGUCAACUAUAGCUGAAACUGACUUGUUCUCAGCUAGCCCACAUGGAGAAAAAACUCGAAGAACUUCUCGACUCUGUAGCUUCUACUUGCAGCACAGAGAAGAAGCAGCUUCAAAGGAUGAUCCGGAACCUGCCACCAGCAAAUUUUGAUCGCAUAGCUGAUAUCGUCCAGCGCCACAAGCCGAUAGAAGCGCAGCAAUGUGAAGAAAUCAUUGUUAACAUGGAGCAGGAGGAUACUACUACACUCUGGAGGUUGUAUUACUAUGUUCAAGUAGUGGAUCGCGCUAAGAAACUCGUACCAUAAGCAGCUGUUAUUGUCAUCCCGCUAGCUGAGAAUCCUUUUGAGAGUGUCCAAUUCUUGACUGUUCAUAACUUGAUAAAUAGGUUUGAAAUUCUUGUAAGCAAUGACAGCAUAGAAGGGAUCUUUUGACGAACCGGACAAUAAUUCGAGCAACCCCAUGUACCAUGGCCUCUCUCCUCCUCCUCCCUUCCUGCCACCAGGUGAUUUCCUGACGACCUCAGCCUCAGUGAAUCCUACCACAGACUGGAAAUACUGUACCACGAGCUGCACUCUGCUGUAAUCACUGCCAUCUCUCCACGAAGUAA